AUGGUACUUUCUUCAAAUUGGUUGCAACUUCAGAAGACUCAAAAUGGUGGUAAAACCAAGAAAAACAAAGUCUCAAAGAAGCCCACCGUUAAGUCUCGAGAUGCGAUGAGCCAUGAUCGAAACAAGAAAAUUGAAACCAAAUCGAGCAAGAUUAUGAAUAUGGUGCAUACAAUGAACCAAGAGAUUCAAAAACUCAAGACAGAAAAGAAUAACUCUGUAAAUGGUUCUGAACCGGAAGUUGUGUCACUUGACGUUGAGAAAAUAGCUGAAAUUAAUGGUAGUGCGAGAAAUACCAGUAAAGCCGAUGAAAUUGGUAAAUUUAUCGCCAUGGAUUGUGAAUUUGUUGGAGUUGGACCUGAAGGUAUUGAAAGUGCACUCGCUAGGGUCUCUAUCGUAAAUUUUUUUGGACAUGUUGUUCUGGACAUUUUUGUUAAACCAGUAGAAAAAGUCACCGAUUGGAGGACUUGGAUCAGCGGCGUCACUCCAGCUCAUAUGAAAGACGCGGUUUCUCUUAAUGAUGCUCAACAGAAAGUUUCAAAGAUUUUGGAUAAGAGAAUCCUGGUUGGUCAUGCAAUUGCUCACGACUUGGACGCUCUCUUUCUGUCUCAUCCAAGAUCAAUGAUUCGUGACACUUCUCGACAUUUACCCUUUAGGCGUGAUUAUGCCAAGGGGAAAACUCCGAGUUUGAAGAAACUCGCCAAGGAAAUCUUAGGUGUUGAUAUACAGGGAGCGCAGCAUUCAUCGGUUGAAGACGCAAGAGCGACAAUGCUAAUUUACAAGUCAGAUCGAAAGGAAUUUGAAAGAUUAAUCAAAGUCAAAUUCUCGAGCAACAAGCAGGCUGCCGCAUGA